AUGUGUGCUGCCGAGCGAACACCUCUGGACGCACCACUAAAUUUCCUGAGCACGGACAGCGUGUUGCCCACGCUAAUUUUCGACAAGACACCGCUGUGGGAGGAGAAGGGCUGGAUCGGCGCCCCCCUUGCGAAAUACCUGAGGCCGUUUAUUAACCACCUCCGCCGGAGAUGCGCACCCACCACCUUUGGCAGAAUAACCGGAGAGGAUGAGAGGCAAACCCUGGAGAAAGCGCGUCAGGACGCCUCGAUGGCUCGACCGCAAACCUUCCAUAAGGCUAACCCACCGGCACGAGUGAUCGACCCACACUUCGAACUAACAGGAGCCAAACUAAGCUCUCUGACCCAAGCUAUCGCCUACCGCGGAAUCCUGGAGCGCCGCGAUACACCGAAUCGAAGACAAACCGAAGAGAAUUUAGCCACAGCCCAGGCGCAUAUGAAGACCUCGCAAACGAGAUGCUCUAUCUGGAUGAGCGCCAGGCACAAGGACUUCAGCCGAGCCUUCGCUGUUUUCCUCUGGAAAUUAAUGCACGGCGGCCUGAAGUGCGGGGCUUACUGGAGCAAGAUACAAGGAUACGAAGAGCGAGCGAUGUGCAGCCACUGUGGAGCAGUUGAGUCAAUCCAGCACAUCCUCUUCGAGUGUAACGCAACGGGGCAGUCCCUGAUAUGGUCCCUAGCGCGUACCAUUUGGGAAAAGAAAGGGAUGGAAUGGCCCUCAUUGUCUCUUGCCGAUGUCCUCACGCUAGGACUAACCGCAUGGCCGAGCCAAAAGGGACGCGUUCGCCCGGGUGCCACAAGACUGUGGCGGGUGCUGAUAUCUGAGGCCGUCCACACCAUCUGGAAGCUGAGAUGCGACAGAGUGGUAGGACAUGCGGAGGACGAGCAAUGGGAGCACAAUAAAACGUUUGUCUGGAAUAAGCUACAGUACACGCUCAAUAACAGACUAGCGCUCGACGUUGAAUCUGUGCAACGAAAGUACGGGGGCUCUGCCCUCAAACGUGACCUUGUCCUGGCGACAUGGAACAAGGUUUUACGGGAUGAACCUGCCCUCCCAAGAGACUGGACAAUGUAUAGGGGUUUUUUAGUGGGUAGAACACCGGCUUUACGAGUAGACCUCGAACCGGAUUGA